AGUUGUGCUUGUUCGCUCUUUCCGGCCCGGUUAUGGCAGCUGUAUGCAGGAAGCAGAGGGCCUUGGUUCACGGGGAAUGAGCGUUAUCUGUAUGAGCCGCUGCAAGACUUAGAAUUUGUCAGACUUUUUGUCAGACCUCGAGCAACGUCUAUCUGCUCAGGAAAGAUGGCCACGACGGCGCAGUUAUUUGAGGAGCCAUUUGAUGCAGAUGAGUACAUUGAGCGUCUGGCUUGGAGAACUCCAGGAGGUGGUUCUAAAGGAGGGGCAGAAGCAUUUGAUCCUAAAAAGCUGCUAGAAGAAUUUGUAAACCAUAUAGAGGAACUGAAACUGUUAGAUGAGAGGAUCCAGAGGAAAGUUGAGAAGCUUGAACAGCAGUGCCAUCGGGAAGCCAAAGAGUUUGCACACAAAGUCCAGGAACUGCAGAGAAGCAACCAGGUCGCCUUUCAGCACUUCCAGGAGUUGGAUGACCACAUCAGCUACGUGGCCACCAAGGUGUGUCACCUGGGAGACCAGCUAGAGGGAGUGAAUACUCCGAGGCAGCGGGCUGUGGAGGCCCAGAGGCUUAUGACCUACUUUAAUGAAUUCCUUGAUGGAGACUUACGAAGUGAUGUCUUUAACAACUCUGAUAAGAUAAAGGAAGCUGCUGACAUCAUUCAGAAAUUGCACCUGAUCGCUCAGGAGCUGCCGUUUGAUAGAUUUGCUGAUGUAAAGGCCAAGAUAGCAAGUAAAUACCAUGACUUGGAGCGGCAGCUGAUUCAGGAGUUCACCUCGGCUCAGCAAAGAGGGGAAAUCGGCCGCAUGAGAGAAGUGGCUGCAGUCCUGCUACAUUUCAAGGGAUAUGCCCAUUGUAUAGAUGUUUACAUCAAACAGUGCCAAGAGGGUGCAUACAUGCAGGGUGAUGUGUUUGAGGACACUGCUGUUCUCUGUCAGCGGGUCAAUAAGCAGGUGGGCGAGGUCUUCUGCAGCCCUGAAAUGGUCAUGGCUAAACUCAUCCAAAACAUCUUUGAGAACAAGUUACAGACAUAUGUUAAAGAAAGACUUGAGACUCGUUCCACUGAAUUGGAGCAAUACCUCAAAAACCUUUAUGACCUCUACACCAGGACAACAGCUUUGGCUGCUAAACUAACAGAGUUUAACUUGGGUUCGGACAAACACACCUUUCUAUCCAAACUGAUUAAAAGCAUCUUCUCCUCCUACCUGGAUAGCUACAUAGACGUGGAGCGGCAGUAUCUGCAGUCACGAAGUGCUUCUAUUCUGCAACGAUACUACGACUCCAAGAACCACCAAAAACGUCCAGUUGGCACAGGAAGUAUCCAGGAGCUGAAAGAGCGGUUCAGGCAGCGCACCAACCUGGCUUUGGGUCCCACUAUUGACACGCAUGGAGAAACCUUUCUCUCACAGGAGGUUGUGGUCAGUCUGCUGCAGGAGACACGUCAUGCCUUCCAGAGAUGCAACAAGUUGUCUGACCCAGCUGAUCUCCCUAAAAAUGCCUACUCGAUCUUUUUGCUGCUUGUUGAGCACCUUUGUGUAGACCAUAUUGACUAUGCCUUGGAGAUUGGCCUUUCAGCCAUUCCUUCUGCAGAUGCCAAAAAUGCCAACCUCUAUUUCUUGGAUGUUGUACAGCAGGCUAACACUAUUUUUCACCUCUUUGAUAAGCAGUUUAAUGAUCAUCUUAUGCCUCUUAUUAGCUCUUCUCCUAAGCUAACAGAGUGUUUGCAAAAGAAAAAGGAUGUGAUUGAUCAGAUGGAGGUGAAAUUAGACACGGGCAUCGACCGAACACUGAACUGCAUGAUCGGACAGAUGAAAUAUAUUCUAGCCACUGAGCAAAAGAAAACUGACUUCAGGCCAGAAGAUGAAAACAAUGCGAUGAGUACACUACAGUACACUACAGCUUGCUCUAAGGUAUGCACCUACGUGAGUAAGCAGGUGGAGCGUGUACGGAAGUCUAUGGACGGAAAAAACGUGGACACUGUGCUGGCCGAGCUGGGCGUGCGCUUUCACAGGCUCAUACAUGAGCACCUGCAGCAAUUCACCUACACAUCCAUGGGAGGCAUGCUGGCCAUUUGUGAUGUGGCAGAGUAUCGCCGCUGCAAAGACUUCCGGGUUCCUCUGGUCCUGCAGCUCUUUGACACAUUGCACGCUCUUUGUAACCUUCUGGUUGUUGUUCCUGACAAUCUGAAGCAGGUUUGCUCUGGAGAGCAGCUCACAAACCUGGACAGGAACCUCCUGCAUGCCUUUGUGCAGCUCAGAGCGGACUAUCGCUCAGCUAGACUGGGCCGCCAUUUUAGUUAAUGAUUGGUAAGACUGCACAACCAGUACACAGCUGUCCAAUCAGAGAAGCACUCUCGGGUCAAUCUGAGUGGCUUUCGGACAUUUCUUUUUUUAUUAUUAAUUACACAACAGCUCUUCAUCAAAGAUUGUGUGGCCCAAUACAUACUGAAAAAAGAAUAUUUAUGCAUCUGCUCAUUUGUAUAUUCAAAUUUUAUUUGCUGUGUCUUUUUCUGUGCUCUUCUUUUAACCUGUAAUCUACAUGUAUGAAUGUAUGGCAUUUCAUUGAUGUGAAAUGUAUUCCCCUCUUCUCUCUUUUUUUUGCAUUAUUGUAAUGCACACAUCACUGAUCUGUAAAAUGAAAAGCAUUAAGAGGGCUGAAUUGUGGGUUAUUUUUUUUGUUUGUUUGUUUGUUUUUUUAAGCUGAGGUUGGAGAUGAAUUUGGUUUACAUCUGGAAACAACAAAUUAGGUAGUUUAUUGUACCAAAUAUAUGUGACUCUGCUGGCACUGGAGACACUUCAGAAGGUUGCAUAAUGCGCCUGCUAAUGAGCAAGUCUUUUUUUUUUUUUUUUUUUUCCUCACAAUGUUGCGUAGUCUGUAAAAUCUGUUUUUGGUUUCCGUUACAGAAUUUGCAUAACGAAAGCCACUUCGUGUGGUCAAGACUUAGCAACAAAAAAAACAUGGCCCAGGUCACUGCUGUUAACAUAGAAUUUGAAUAAAUAAUAUUAAUUGCUAAACAACUGGAAGUAAUUGGUGAUAUUGCCAAUCAACAGAGCUUUUUGCUUAGUUUUAAUCACAUCACAUUAGUUAGAGGCACAUUUCUUUUACUUUAAAUUUUAAUCUUUUUUUUUUUUUUAUUGUAAUGCUGUACACUUGAUCAACUAAUUGUUUUGGUUCAAAAUCAGAGUUAUUUUCUUCCUAGAGUACUGGUAGUGAAGUUUAAUGGGGUUCAAUGGGGUAAGAUUAAAAAAAAAAAAUCUAAAUUUCUGUGAAGUCAAGAUAAAGCUUUUAAUGUGUGUUAAAAGUAUAAUGUACACAUCGUGCAUAUAUUUGCAUAUGGCAUUGUAAUCUACCACAGUUCCUUAAGAAUUCCUGAAAAGUCAUUUUACAAAUGAAAAAGUAAACCCUGACACUUUUAAGACUUUCAUUGUGUGAAUGGCAUGUAUAGUGCAGACAUAUUGACUGUAAAUGUUGUGUGUUUACUACCAGCUAACAAAGAAAUAUAACAAAAGCAUUAGAUGUAAAACACUAAUGAUGGUACAUAUUACUGUACUAACAUACAAUCCAUAGUACAAUAGUUUGCUGAAUCUGAUUAAAACAGGUCAAGUGUCUGCCAUCUUCAACUUUGGCAAUGAGCUCCAGUCAACACCACUUCUCUUCAAACUCUAAAACCAGUCUGUGAUUAUUUUUACACAGUGCCAUAUGACCCUACAUGAACUUAGCUCUAAGGACCUGUGGGAAACGAAGGGGAAUGUCUGAUUCCAGUGCCUGACUUUGUUGUUACUUUUUAUUUUAUGUUUUUAACACCUUCAUUUCCCUCGCCGUUGAUCUCCUGCAUUGACACAGGCACUAUGACUGCUCUACUGAUAUUGAACCUGCUGAUAUUGAACAAUAAAACAAGUUGUCACAUAGUCAAUCUUACUUUUUUUCCCGCUAUUAACAUGCAAACCUAAUACAAUAAAGUAUAACAAUGAGUAAUA